GCCACCGCUCAUUCACCCAGUUUAGGAAUGUGUUCCUACCAUUCAGAAUAUUAAUCUUUAAGUUUUAUACGACAACCAAGGAAUCAAGAUCCAAACUGAACUCAUUCUACAACAUGACCCACCGGUCUCAUCCAUUUCACCAUGACACCAAGACCGUCAUUAAAACCAACUAAAACACAAACCAACACCACAACAGCUGCUCCGGGGUUCCUGCCCUCUUUACUGGACAGGAUUCCUUUGCCAAGAUGGGCCAUCUAUGCUAUAUUUGCCGCCAUCAUCCUGCUCAUUCUCAUCUGUGUGAUAUGCUGCUGUGUAAAAUGCUGCUGCAAAGGGAAAAAGAAGAGGAAGAAGAAGCUGGACCAGAAGAUCAGUAUGAAAGGGAUCUCAGGAACUACAACUGCAGCACUGGUCCAACUUGAGACAGAGGAUGUGGAAUAUGGAUCAGCUGACCAACAAAGGGGAAAACUGCAGUAUUCACUGGAGUUCAACGCAUCCAGAUCAGAGCUGACUGUAGGAAUAAAAGCUGCCGCUUUGAAAGCGAUGGAUUCAGGAGGAACAUCUGACCCUUAUGUGAAAGUCUACAUCCUUCCCAACAAGUUCAAAACAUUUGAGACGAAAGUCUUCAGGAAAACCCUUAACCCUGUGUUCAAUGAAAAUUUCAAAUAUCAGAUCCCUCAGAAGGAGCUGACUGAGUCGAUACUGGUGAUGCAAGUGUAUGACUUUAACAGAUUCUCCAAACACGACAUCAUCGGUGAGAUCAGACUCAAUCUGUCCACGGUGGACUGGAAUCAUGUGAUUGAGGAGUGGAGAGAUCUGAGCGAAGCUUCCAAACAUGAGCAAGAGCAUCUGGGAGAGAUCUGCUUCUCUCUUCGUUAUGUCCCGACUAGUAGUAAACUCACCGUGAUCAUACUGGAAGCCAAGAACCUGAAGAGGAUGGACCAGGGAGGCUCUUCAGACCCUUAUGUUAAAGUUCAAUUGGUUCUGGAUAAGAAGAAAUGGAAGAAGAGGAAAACAUCAGUAAAGAAGCGAACUUUGAAUCCAUACUUUAAUGAAUCUUUCACUUUUGAAGUGUCGUUUGAACAGAUUCAGAAAGUCCAGCUGGUCAUCUCAGUGUGGGAUCAUGACAAAAUGAGCAGAAAUGAUGCGAUUGGCAAAAUCUAUCUGGGCUGUGAUGCUACAGGAAACCAGCUGCGUCACUGGGCGGAUAUGCUGUCCAACCCACGCAAACCUGUGGCUCAGUGGCACACAUUACUCUCUGCUGAACAGGUGGACACAACGCUGGCCUUAAAACACACGCUAAAGAUCCCAUUUACAAACAAAAACUUCUGAGAAACCUCUACUAACAUGACAAAUUGUUCACAACCAGAAGUUGUUCCCAUUCCUUUAUGCUUUUUAUGCCCAGACUAUGGACCAAUUAUCUUAUUUCGUGCCAUUCUUUUUCAUUUAUUUAUGAUGGUUCAUAUUGUUUUAGUCUAACAUUUAAUUUCCUUCAUUUUCAGUAUUUUGGAAGUAACCGAAUAGCUUGGGAAGUAACUAAAAGCAGUGAUGCUACAUUUCAAAAUAGCAAGCUGCUAAUGACAAAAAGCUGUUUUUUUUUUUUAAAUUUUAUUUUUUAAAUUUUAUUUAGUUAAGUAAUUGUAAUUAUGCACAUGGCUUUACAGUUACAGUAGUGAGCUAAGAAAAUAAUCAGUCUCCUAUAUUGUCUUCUCCAAUAUAUGUACUUGUUUGGAAGUCCAAUACAUUUUUGUGAAUCUUUCAUAUGGAUGGUUCAUGUAAAUUAAGCGAUUUAAAGAAUUAUUCACUAGGUCAUUUGUGUCCUGCACAUAAGUUACUGCUAUCUAUUUUAUAUAUAUCCUUUUUUGUAGUUAAAUACUGCUGCUGUACUUCAAGUCACAGUCUUAAAAUAAAUUUAUUUGUAUAAGAUUCAUUUGAAGCUGUCACAUAAUCCUAAUUGAGAUCAUCAUAGACUAAUGCUAGAUACUUUUCUCUCUCUCUCUCUCUCUCUCUCUCUCUAGAUAGAUAGAUUGAUUGAUUGAUUGAUUGAUUAAGUGAAUAAUUAUUUUUUGUAGAAACAGUUGUAGAGUUCCCACUGACUGCAACGUCCUUCUCAUGUUUUGAAGUUUUGGGUAAAAUUUCAUAUUAUGUUCAGUCAAGAGCGUAAGUUUGAUUUUGACAUUGGUAAUUUCAUGUCCUAAUCAGUUUCAUGUUCUAUAAAACCUUUAUUUGUAGAUAUGGUAGAUAACCCAAUCAUAACGCAUAACAUAACUUUGAUUAUGUAAACCAACUACAUUACAAUUUAGCUUUCUGUACUUUAUGAUAGAAUAUCUAAAUAAGCAUACAGUACAUUCAUAACUAGGAGAAAAAUGUUAUUCAGGGAUUGAAAUUAAGCUUUUUAGUCUACAUCACUUCAAUUGAUCAGUUCUGUAAUGUUAUAAGCAGUGUUGGGGGUAACACCGUGUCCUAACCAGACACGAUGCGAUAAGAUUCCAGCGACGAGCAAUUUGACUGUCCACACUAGACGCGACGCAAAAAUAAGAAGCGAUAAAGUCAAUCAAAAACCACACCCAAUCAGAAGAGAGUGUGGGCGGGCUCUCUCGGCAAGAGCACAGCAGACACAAUGAAAUGGGCAAGUACAUAGUAAAAUUCAUAAAUAUUACACAAUUUUUUAUUAUAUUAACAUUAUUUAAAGUACAUACGGAGUGACUGAACCAAUCUUUGUCAUAGAAUACACUUGUUUGUUCGCAUUGAGUUUGAACGUUCUUGUGCCCAUUUAUUUAUUUUAAAGAUCUGAGGUGAAUUAGCCAGUGUUGUUUUCAUUACAGCUAAAAAGCUGGGAACACAGAACGAUAUUCAAACUCACGUUAGACAUUUUUAACAUUACAUAAAGCACAUAAACAGUACCUGAUAUUAUCAUUGCCAUACUUUGUGUUGCUGUUUCAGCUGCGACGUCGCAGAGAAAUAGAAACCGUUUCUAAAAUAGAAUAUUCGUGUGUCGCCGUCGUGGCUGGUUAGGACAAAAACUCCGAUUAACAUGGAAAAGAUACCUUUUAUCGCUUGUCGCGGCGUCGCGUCGCGUCUGGUUAGGACACGGUGUAAUGCAUUACAAGUAACGCGAGUUACGUAAUCAGAUUACUUUUUCAAGUAACUAGUAAAGUAACGCAUUACUUUUAAAUUUGCAACAAUAAAUAUCUGAGUUACUUUUUCAAAUAAGCAACACAAGUUACUUUGUGUUCCCUUUUAUUGACUGUCAGCUCUCCUGUCCCCAUGUUGAGAGAAAUCGGGAGUGCGUUGUGUGCGCUGUGUGAACAUGACGGUUAUUCAUAGUUCUAGACUAAAUAUGUGCAUAAAUUUACUCAUUUACUUCUUCUUCUGUGUCCUAUUCUUCUGUGUUCCAGAAUGGCAACACAGCUGAAAGGCUUGUUUGUUUGAGCUGCGCCCUCUACUGUAAAGGCGUGAAUUUGCAUUUCCUUCAGCCUGAGGCUUAUUCACUUCACUUUUGAUUUGCCAAAAAUAUAACUUUUUUGUUGUUAUAAAAACAAACAAACAAACAGCCCAGCCCAGAUGAGAAAAACUAAUGCAAAAGUAACGUAACACAAUACUUUCUGUAAAAAGUAAACGUAAUCAGUUACUUUUUUAGGGAGUAAUGCAAUAUUGUAAUGCAUUACUUUUAAAAAUAACUUUCCCCAACACUGAUUAUAAGUGUGCAUGUUGAGCACUUACAGGCAAGGUGUUUUUCGGCGGUCAGUGUCAUGAAAGUUGGCAUGAAAUGGAAGUUGCAAUGUUCUUUUCUUCCAUAUUGUGACGUAUAUCAGAGUGAAACGGCUUCUCAAACUAGAAAAAAUGUAGAGCGGGACUUGAUUUUGGCCAUUGGGAAUUGAUUGGAUGGUUGUGGUUUGCUAUUGAUGGAUCUCAUGUGAGUGACAGGUUGAUCCCGCCCUCGCGCCAGUAAACAUCAUCAGAGAAGAGAUGUCGCUGCAAGAUUAAAAAAAUUAUUAAUAAACACUGUAAAAUUCUGAAUCAUCAAUUUUUGAUUUUGUGGUGACUUUAAUGACGCUGUACUACAUAACUUUAUUUUAAUAUUAAAAAUUAAUGUGACAUUAAAUGCACAUCCUUGAAAGAGAGCAGUUUUUUAACAUUUACUUUGACUUCUCAGGUAAUGUCAAUGUUAUGACCCACAACAGUGGUUACAUAUAAAUAUAUUUUAAUAGUUUGAUCUAACUUACUGCUAGGGACAAUUCAGUAGUCACUGGAUAUUGGUAGGGAAAUUCCCUAGCGUCCCUACUAAAUUCUAAACCCUUGCAUUCAGUGCUGAGGUUUAGAAAAUGCAGACACGAGACAGUUGUAUCAGGUUUGGAGUGUUCACACACACACAUACACACGUUGAUUUCUCUUGUGACUACAGUAAGCACAAGAUAAGGGUGUGAGUAUUAGGCUGUCAGCACACUUGUGGGCCAAUUACAGCAUUUUAAUGAGGUUUCUUCCUUUGAGCAAGUUUACAGAAUGCUAAAGGCUGAGGAACUCAUUAGUUGCUUUUGCACAGUCAUGUUUUAAACACUCAGGUACAUUUUGAAAUGCAUAAUUCAGAAUUCAUUAUUUUAUCUCAUCAACAAGUACACUGGAAAAUGGACAUUUUGUACCUUCUUCAACAUGUAAAAUGUGCUGUGUUAUAAAAUCUGUAUCUGUAAAAUCUGUAAGAAUAAAAAUGUAAGCCCAUUA